UCAUUUAUUAAAAUGUAAAAAAUCAAAUUACUCGUUUUCCUUGCUUUGGCAGCCACCUUAGCAGCAGUGAUGUAUUAAUAUGCACCUUUGGAAGAAUAUUAUGUAUUUAUUGUUUAAUUAUGCAGAACUUAAGAAGGCUUUCUCAUGAAACAUACUCAAAAGAUGAAGCCAAUUAUGAAUUUUGCACCAAAUUGUGCACAAGCAAAGGAGGAGUCAAUUGUGGUGGAAAAAGAAAGGGUAAGCUUAUUAAUUUGUAUAAUUCAAGGCUGUUGUGAACCUAGCUCUUGUAAAGCCAACAAAAUUUAUGGAUGGGAAGAAUGCGAUAAGGGUUAGUCAGUAAAACUUGGUACCGAUAGAUGCAUAGGUAGUUGGGAUUGAGUUAGGAAAUAAAUUUAUAAAAAAUAUAUCCAAAC